AUGUCUCACACCAGCAGCAGAUUAAUGGAUAGUCGGCAGAAAAAAAAAGAAAGGAAAUCUGGUUCUUUGCUCGAUCAAGUCCGAAAGAAGAAUUCAGAAAUGUCCAGAUACACGGUUUUACACAAAAAAAGAAGUAAAAUUGUUCAGGAUCAACGUCCGAUCCUUUCCUCGAUAAGAACUGGGAAAGGAUUAUCCGCAAAUUAUUCAGAGAUGAUUGAGAGCGUUAAGAGAAGUUGGAGGAAACGUUGUCCAAAGGGCUUGACAACAUCUAUUUAA